GUGAAAGUGGGUGAAGAUGAGGCAGAUUUAGUCUUUGUCGAGAGUGUUGCAUCGACUCAUGGUGCCGCUGUAGGCCAGCACAAAGGAUCACAGACAUCCCCACCCACUGCUACUGCAUUCAAAUCGGUUGUAAUUUCUCAGAGGAAGCAUUUCAUUCCUCGACUAUUUUUCAUUGUUUAUGCAGUCGUAAAAUGAUGGAUUAUUGACCCUGUUUUGGAAUUAGAUUUUGUGGUCUGUAAUAUAAUUUGUACAGGGCAGUGGACGUUUUUUUUCUUUUUCCAAGGAUGGGAGACAAAGGAUUUUCAGCGCUUCGUCCGAUCCUCUGCUUCGCUAUCUUUAUUGUCACGCUACAGCUCGUUAAUGGAGACCUGAGUUAUUCUAUUCCAGAAGAAAUGAAACGCGAGUCUGUUAUCGCAAAUAUAGCCAAAGAUCUCGGUCUUGAUCUGAGGACCUUAUCUGCACGAAAGGCCCGUGUUGAUUUUGAGGGGACUCGUAAACGGUACUGUGACAUUAAUCUAAAUACUGGAGAUUUAAUCACAUCAGAGAGAAUCGACAGAGAGAGCCUUUGUGGCAAGAAACCCUCAUGUGUUGUGAAAGUAGAUCUGGUGUUAGAAAACCCUUUGGAGCUCCAUCGACUCAGUCUUCAUAUUCAAGAUGUAAACGACAACUCGCCGCAAUUCAACGAGAAUCUGAUUGAAAUGGAAAUAAGGGAGUCAGCUGAAAAGGGUAACCGCUUCUCUAUUGAGGAGGCCCAUGACGCAGAUAUAGGUCAAAAUGCUGUUCAAAGAUACAACCUACAAAAGAACGACAACUUUAUUCUCGCUGUUGACAGCAACAAGGUUGAACUCGUACUGGAGAAUAAACUUGAUAGAGAAAAGCAAAAGGAGAUUAAUCUGCUCCUUACAGCUUUAGAUGGUGGCUCUCCUCAGAGAUCAGGUACUGUAGUCAUACACGUCACUGUACUGGAUGCUAAUGAUAACGCCCCAGUGUUUAGUCAGGCCGUUUAUAAAGCCAAUGUGCCUGAAAACUCUCCUCCAGAUACCAUAGUGAUUAAUGUUAGUGCUACUGACGCAGAUGAAGGAGUGAAUGGAGAUGUGACAUAUCAAUUUGGCCACGUAUCUGAUGACGAUGUAAAUGUUUUCUCUAUUGAUUCUAAAACGGGAGAAAUCAGAGUAAGUGGUGUGAUUGACUUUGAAGAAAGUAGUUCUUUUGAAAUGAGAGUGAAAGCUAAAGAUGGUUUAGGACUAACUUCUUACGCCAAAGUAUUAAUAGAUAUUACUGAUGAGAAUGAUAAUGCCCCAGUUAUAUAUCUGAAAUCACUGUCUAACCCCAUACCUGAGAAUGUGUCACCUGGUACAGAGGUGGGUAUCAUUAAUGUACAGGAUAGAGACUCUGAGACUAACGGACAGGUCCGCUGCUCCAUUCAGCAAAACGUCCCUUUUAAGUUGGUUCCUUCUAUUAAAAACUAUUAUUCUCUGGUGACCACAGGACAACUGGACCGUGAACUAGUGUCUGAUUACAACAUUACAAUCACUGCCACUGACGAGGGCUCUCCACCUCUGUCCUCUUCUAAAACUGUUCAGUUAUCUGUUGCAGACAUCAACGACAACCCACCUGUGUUUGAGGAACAGUCCUACAGCGCAUAUGUGACUGAAAAUAACAAACCUGGCUCCACUUUAUGUUCCGUUACUGCUCGAGACCCCGACUGGAGACAAAACGGUACAGUGAUUUAUUCUCUGUUAGCUGGUGAGGUGAACGGUGCCCCGGUGUCCUCCUAUCUGUCUGUUAACGGAGACACGGGGGUGAUCCACGCUGUGAGGUCGUUUGAUUAUGAACAGUUCAGGAGUUUUAAAGUCUACGUGAUGGCCAGAGACAACGGUUCUCCUCCGCUCAGCAGCAACGUGACCGUCAGUGUCUUUAUAUCUGAUGUGAAUGACAACUCUCCUCAGAUACUGUACCCCUCCCCGGAGGGCAACUCGUUCAUGACCGAGCUGGUCCCCAAAGCUGCACACGGAGGCUCUCUGGUGUCCAAAGUGAUAGCGGUGGACGCGGACUCCGGACAGAACGCCUGGCUGUCCUAUCAUAUAGUCAAAUCCACUGAUUCGGGACUUUUCACUAUUGGUCUCCACAGCGGAGAGAUCAGGACACAGCGGGACAUUUCUGAAUCAGACAGCAUGAAACAGAACCUUAUUGUCUCAGUGAAAGAUAACGGACAGCCCUCUCUCUCUGCCACUUGCUCCAUGUAUUUACUUAUUUCUGAUAACUUGGCUGAGGUGCCAGAACUGAAGGAUAUUUCUUAUGAUGAGAAGAAUUCCAAACUGACCUCUUAUCUGAUCAUCGCGCUGGUUUCUGUGUCCACCUUUUUUCUGACCUUCAUCAUCAUCAUCCUGGGUGUGAGGUUUUGUCGCAGGAGAAAGCCCAGACUGUUGUUUGAUGGAGCAGUUGCCAUCCCCAGCGCUUAUCUCCCUCCUAAUUACGCUGAUGUUGACGGCACAGGAACUUUACGCAGCGCUUACAAUUAUGACGCAUAUCUGACAACAGGAUCUAGAACCAGUGACUUUAAGUUUGUGACAUCUUACAAUGACAACACACUGCCUGCUGACCAGACUCUGAGGAAGAGUCCAAGUGACUUCGCUGACCCGUUCGAAGAUUUAGAGCCGGCUGUAGAGGUAGGAACCGUUCAAAGUAUUAUUGAAUCCUGGUCAAAGUGCAUUUUGUUUUGUUUAUUUAAUCCUUCGAAUGUCUUCUGUGUUUGUGUCUUCGAAAUUUGUGAUUGUUGAAGUGAACUGUUUACAGAAUGAAG